UCACGCUCGGCGUUCCAGUUUAACUCGCGCCUUCUCGGAGCGUGUUUCGCUUCUUCGCUGGCAGCUUUUUUAAAAAAUCGCGGACAAUGUGCAAUCAUAAAGCAUUAACUGAAUCAUCUUAAUCGAGAAAUUUCAUCUCGUUGAUCGUUGAAAAUCAGAUAUAUUAAAAAAUAAAUAAUACAUAUAUCUCAUUUUUCUUUUUCUGUUUUUUUUUUCUUUUCUUUUUUUAAUUUUCGUUUUUUUUUUUAUGAAAGUGAAUUGAGUUUGACAGUGUCAAGUAUUAGUAAAUUCCAAAAAAAAACAACGUAAAUUUUUCAACAAUUUACAAUUAGUGAUUGUUUUGGACGAAUAAACGUAACGUAACGUGAUUAAGGGCACACUAUUCUGUUCUCGCAAAGGUGUAAUAAAAGAUAUUGAUCGUCGUUAAAGGUAGAUCUAGUAUUUCUUCAAGCUGGGCGACAGUAGGGGAAAACAUCGCAGGGUCAGAAUGGCCGACGAAAAUCAGCGAGCAACUCAAGUUCCCAAGGAGAACAAAAUCUCAAAACAUAUUACCAUUUUUUUUAAAGUGAUCGAAAUUAUUUUAGCCAUCUUCGCGAUUGGUCUUUUGGUUGAUCCUUUAAAUUCGUUUCAACGAGUCUUUAACAAGUCACGAUUUAAAUUAGACGAUGCAGCAUUCAUUUAUGUAACAGUCGCUGGUUAUAUUAUGAUAAAUUCACUUUUUAUCAUAUGCCAUUUGUUGGGCGAUCGAUUACCAAAAAGAACGAUGAUAUUAUUUGCUUCAUUGGGUGCGAUUCUACAUAUAAUAGCGGGUAGCCUAAUCGUUCACAACUGGCGUACUAUUCAAAGGCCCUACUACCACAUGCAAAAUAACGAAUUAUAUCCGAGCAAACAAUACAUGGACAUGUUAAUAUCUUCUUCGGUUUUCGUCUUUAUAAAUGCUUUGACUUUCGUUGUCGAAAUUUGUUUGAUUCUAAAAUAUUCAACGAGAACAUGAGAAUCUACAAGAAUGGAUGAUCAGCUCGAACGAAAGUAUUAUUCUUGAGGCAUAAUAAAUCAAUAAUAUUUAUCAAUAAAUAAUAAAUAUUCAUCGAUAAUUUAAAAGAAAGAUUUUGUGAUCAAAUGGUUAUCUGAAAGGUAAGAAUUACCACCGAUUGUGUUCGUAAAAAAAAUAUCGAAAUCAGAUCCAUUUCUAUGUUCAGAUCCAUAUGUAAUUUCUAAUCGAUUGUGUCUUAUCAAUCAAUUAAAUUAACUUUAAUUUUUAUAAUAUUAUUACAUUUGUCGUUUGCACGCAAUGUUUGGGAAUAUAAACGUAAUUUAGAGUUCUCAGAUUUUAAAUGAUUUUUCGAAAGAAAAAAAUUAUGAAUAUUUACAUAUAUAUAAUGCUGAAGUCCAAAGUUUAUAUAAUAUAUCUUAUAAGAAAUCUUAAUGUUACGUAAUUAAUUAAUAUGCAUAGAUACGUAUACAAUUAUAAGCAAUGAAUCCGUCCAUAUAUAUUAAUGAUAACAAUGAUAAUUCGUAAAAUAGUAUAGUAUUUACAAAUGAAUAUUUUAUACAUAUUAUCAAAGAUUAUAUAAAACAUUUAUAUGUAGAACAUUAGAAAAGAAAUUGCUAUCGUUUAUAAUUCUUUAAUAUUCACUAUGUAACUAUUAUAUAUCAAAUUGUUUAACAUAGCAGCACCUUGAUCACUUGUACAAUUAAAUAAUAGGCAAUUUAUAUUAAUAUACUUUCAGUUUUCACUGCGUUAAGUAAUUAUUAUCAAUAAAAUGUAUGAUAUAGUUGAAACAAUAAAAUUACAUAAAAAGAAAGUUAUAUAUCGAUUAUAUUCAGUCUUUUUAUGUACAGUACGUC